AUGACAGUCAACAAACAAUAUGGACUGUCUUACUUGACACAAGUGACCAUUUCAAACUCGAAAAUAGAAGCGGAGAGCCAAGCCAUUGAGAUGGCUAGAGCAGAGGCUUCUAGAGCACGUGAAGAGGCUGCAUUAGCUAAUAUGCAUGCAGACGAAGCAAACGUAAACACAAGAGAAGCUAUGGCUGAGACAGCAGAAUUGAAAAGGGAAUUUGAAGAAUUUCAUAAACAAAUGUUUGCUUGGAAGUCGGGUCAGGCGGGUACUUCCAUUGUUGCUUCUAGUGUCCAUCCUAGUGCUAGUGAUCAUUAUGAUAAUGACUCUGAUGGUCAGUCAUUGGAUCUAGAGGGAAUGAGUGAUGGAUGUUGA